UGGUCAAAUUAUACUGUAAAGAUGUAAGGCCACAAAAUGUGUGUGAUGAUGGUAUUCCAUAUCAGUGAGUCACAUGAGGCUGCUGAGGGGACAACGGCUCAUAAUAGCCGUAACGGCGUAAAUGGAAUGGCAUCAAACACCUGCAAAACCAUGUGUUUGAUACCAUUCCACCUAUUCUGCUCCAGUCUUACAAAGAGCCUGUUCUCCCCAAUUAAGGUACCACCAACCUCCUGUGCAGUGGGUGUACUAUAGCAGGGUUGUAUUUGCGGUGCUAGGGGCAGGGAAUGUGUCUAGGCCUCGGGGGUAAAAUGGCUAUGGGGAGGUGUAGGGUUUGAUUUUGGAAUACAGAAAGACUAAUUUUCUCAUGUUCAAAUCCCCAAAUACAUGAUGUACCUGCCGUCACAAAUGUAUCCACAAGGGGGCGACAUAUAACCUAUAGGCACUGGUAAUAGGUUGGCCACUUCCCCUGGUUUCAUCACAGCCCUGGUCAUGGCUAGAAGGGAUACAGCUUUUGUCAAAUUAACGUCAAAAGUAGACAUUUUGGCUAACACAGACUCUUUUCCAAAACUAAACCCAAUUCUCCUAACCUGCUACGAAAAGUCUUCAUCUGACAAAAGCUGUGUCCAUCUAGUCAAAAACCCUCCGCUCCCCUCCCACUUUUGUUGGUCCGCGAGGAAGUCGCAAGAUGGCUGACAUCGCUUGGAAGUAUGCUCCCUUCCUCAACAUGAAGUCGUGAGUUUGGAAGUAAGCGAGGGAGGCACAAUCAGGCGUUUGUUUUUAUUUAAGUUAUUUUAUUUCUCCAAACAGGCCAUUUCAUUCCGCGUCGUGUCUAUCCCAGAGUUGUUUUUGCGAGUUGACCCGCCGUCAGCCACGCCGGGUCCCAUCUAGCUAAAUUAGCUACAGCAGUUAACGUUAGCUUAAAGCUUACUGUAAGUUAGACGACUAACGUUAGCAAAAUAUGAAUUAGCUAUCACAUUACCUAGCACUUGCAAUUUGAACUAGUCUAACAAAUAGUUGAGCUGUCAGGUUAACAAUUUCGCGGUAGUCAUGUUCGCUACCUAGAUAAUUCGCAGGGUUUCUUCGUGGGAAUCAGGAUUAUAACUUUGGAGUUGGAAGCAUCGCCCAAAUCAUAACAUAACUAUAGCUGGCCAGUCAGCUCCCAAUAACAUUUAAGGUGUUCGUUAGCUAGUUAGGAGUAGUUAACGAGCUAAACGUUAGUUGCUUUGCUGGUAGUUUAACGUUACCACUAUACUGCUAGGGAUGGACACACAAUUGUACACACACGACCAAAUGUAGAAGAUUGGCUUGGCACAUUAACGUUACAGCUAGCUAGCUACGUAAGUCAAGUUGCUAACCAACUUGGCUGCUGAAAAAUUUGCUACCUUGCUAGCGAACUAGCUGUUGGAAAGUGAACAUCCUGACCUGGCCAACUGGCUUCCUAGGCUACCUAGCCUUUGCAAGGUUGGUCACUCGUCGUGUCAGAGUUGGGGGGGUGGCAACUAGCUAGCGGCAACAACAGUCGUGUAGUCAGUCAGUUACACUGUCAGAGAGACAAGUUAGAUAGCCACCUGGUUCUAGCUAGCUACGGUCUCGACACUCACAUCCGCUAUCACCACGGCGUUCCGAACGUACCCCGAGCCCUCCCCCGGCCAGACCCACCGGCUCAACAACACCGGGAUGGGCGUGCAGGGCUUCCAGGAGUAUCUGGAGAAACGGUGUCCCGGGGCUGCCAUCCCCGUGGACCUCCUCAAACUAGGCCGUACUGCGGGGCGCCAGCACCCGCACCAUCACCCCGGCCCUCUGCCCCCUCCACCACCGGCCCGGAUACUCAUCGAUGCUGACUCCGGCCUGCAGCGUCUGUACGGCGGCUACCAGACUGACUGGGUGUGCGGCGGGGAGUGGAACGCCAUGCUGGGAUACCUGGCCGCUCUGUCCCAGGCUUGUAUGUAUCAGGGUGGGCUGGAGCUGGUCGUGGUGUUCAACGGAACCCUGGGGAAGGAGCGGUGGCCGGAGUGGGCGCGCAGGGCCCAGGGGCAACGCCAGACGGCCCAGCUCAUCGUUAACCACGUCGGCAGUAAGGCCACCCCGCCUCCCCGCGCCUGGUUCCUGCCCCCUGCCUGCCUCAGUCACUGUGUCCGCCUCGCCAUGUUCCGCUUCAGAGUGCGGGUUGUUCAGACGUUGGAGGACCACCACCAGGAGGUGCUGUCCCUCUACAGGGACUUUGGUUUCUGCGGCCUGAUCGCCCAGGACUCAGAGUUUGCUCUCUGCAACGUGCCCGCCUACUUCUCAUCGCAUGCCCUCAAACUGUCCUGGAACGGCAAGAACCUGACCACCCACCAGUACCUGCUCUCUGAAGCUGCCAGACAGCUGGGUCUGAAGACACAACACCUGCCCUGCUUCGCUGCACUGCUGGGGAACCAUAUUCUCCCUGAUGAGGACCUGGCUGCCUUCCACUGGAGCCUUUUAGGACCACAACACCCCCUGGCCUCACUCAAGGUGCGUGCCCACCAGUUGGUGCUGCCUCCCUGUGAGGUGGUUAUCAAGGCGGUGUCAGAGUAUGUCUCCUCCAUUAAAGACCUGGGGAACCUCGACGCUGUCGCCAGGGACGUCUUCAAACAAUCACAGUCUCGUAUGGAGGAUAAGGUGGAGCGUUUUAAGAAGGCUGUGGAGUAUUUCUCAUCUGCCUCUAAACCCCGCCCACUCUCCAUGGGACCCUCCCCCUACCUUUGGUUUGGUCCGGCUCCUUUUGGCAGUCUUCCUGGCCACAUGGGGGCAAUGCAGCCUGGAACGAACCAGGGGGUAAAAUCACCCUAUCGGAAUGCUCCGUGUGGACCAGGCCACACCUCUCUGUUCCAGAACCUCCCCCCCCUGCCGGACUGCAACGAUUCGCUGUCUGGGACAAUGGGCUACACGGAUUGGUCGGCUCCAUAUGACCAUGGAGGAAGUAGAUUAACGAAUCACCACACGUCCGCUCCCUCUGGCCCCUCCCACUCGCCAUCAUCUUCCUCCGAUGGAGACGAACCAAACGACAACAGCCACCAUCUGACAGACAAGUCCUCCGGGUGGGACGAUCCGUCCGGUCGGGGGGGUGGAGGGGAUGGUUCCCACGGUAACGGGAGCGGGUCCCACGGUAACGGGAGCAGGUCCAACAUUCCAUCGCUGUUGUCAAUGGCGACGCGGAGUCACAUGGACAUAACCACGCCCCCUCUGCCUCAAGUCAGCGCUGAGGUGUUGAGAGUAGCAGAACACAGACACCGCAGAGGACUGAUGUAUCCAGAGAUAUACCACAUACUGGUCGUCCCAGUGACUGGCAGACCACCCCUGUCCACCUGUAUCCCAGGUCGUCCCAGUGACUGGCAGACCACCCCUGUCCACCUGUAUCCCAGGUCGUCCCAGUGUCUGGCAGACCACCCCUGUCCACCUCAUGCUGGCGGGGCUGAGGAGGAGGAGGAGGUGGUGAGUACCGAGUCUGUGGGGAACGGUAAGCAUGCUGGCGGGGCUGAGGAGGAGGAGGUGGUGAGUACCGGGUCUGUGGGGAACGGUAAGCAUGCUGGCGGGGCUGAGGAGGAGGUGGUGGUGGUGAGUACCGAGUCUGUGGGGAACGGUAAGCAUGCUGGCGGGGCUGAGGAGGAGGAGGUGAGUACCGAGUCUGUGGUGAACGGUAAGCAUGCUGGCGGGGCUGAGGAGGUGGUGGUGAGUACCGAGUCUGUGGUGAACGGUAAGCAUGCUGGCGGGGCUGAGGAGGAGGUGGUGGUGGUGAGUACCGGGUCUGUGGGGAACGGUAAGCAUGCUGGCGGGGCUGAGGAGGUGGUGAGUACCGAGUCUGUGGUGAACGGUAAGCAUGCUGGCGGGGCUGAGGAGGUGGUGGUGGUGGUGAGUACCGAGUCUGUGGGGAACGGUAAGCAUGCUGGCGGGGCUGAGGAGGAGGAGGUGGUGGUGAGUACCGGGUCUGUGGUGAACGGUAAGCAUGCUGGCGGGGCGGUGUAA